UUGGUCAAAUGUCUUUGUUACUUAAGUAGCUUUGCUGCCAACUAAAUAUAUCAGUGCUGCAGAGAGGAGCUAGUUGAGGUUUUUGAGGUGGUUUUGAUGACAAAAUGCCAACCCUAGAUGACAUUUUAGAGCACGUUGGAGAAUUUCACAGGUUCCAGAAGCAAACCUUUUUUGUCCUGUGUUUGCUUUCUGCUGCCUUCACCCCAGUAUAUGUGGGUGUUGUCUUCUUUGGGUUCGUCCCUGAGCACCGCUGCUUCAGCCCCGGAGUGGCUGAGCUGAGCCAACGGUGUGGCUGGAGUCUGGAGGAGCAGCUGAAUCACACCGUUCCCGAGUGGGAUGGCCAUGGCAAAGAGAUGAAACGUGAAUUGGAAAAACCAUUUGACCUCGUGUGUGAGGAUUCCUGGAAGUUGGACCUCUUUCAGUCUGCUGUGAAUGCUGGGUUUCUUAUUGGCUCCGUAGUCAUUGGCUACAUCGCAGACAGGUUUGGCCGUAAAUUUUGCCUCUUAACCACAAUUUUUGCAAACAUUAUCUGUGGAAUCCUUCUGGUCUUUGUGCCCACCUACCUGUGGAUAGUCAUCAUCCGGUUCCUGCAAGGGCUGGUCAGCAAGGGCUGCUGGACUGCAGGCUACAUCCUGGUGACAGAAGUUGUCGGUCCACAGUACCGGAGGACGGUGGGCAUCCUCUACCAGACGGCCUUCUCCGUUGGGCUCCUGGUCUUUGAUGCCAUCGCUUAUGCCAUCCCUCACUGGCGGUGGCUGCAGCUCACUGUCACUCUGCCGACCUGCUUCUUCCUUCUCUACUACUGGUGCCUCCCAGAGUCUCCCAGGUGGCUGAUAUCUCAAGGAAAAAAUGACAAAGCUAUGAAAAUUGUCAGUGAUAUAGCUAAAAAAAAUCAGAAAAAGUUGCCUUCCCAUUUUGAG